UUAAAAUCUUGAUCAAUCUCGCGUUGCAGCGGAAGAUGAUCAACACUUCAGAUGAACAAUCCACUGCUUCUGAAAAUUUGAAUUGUUCAAAAACAAUUUAUUAUUUUCUUUUGUAAAGUUAUUUGAUGAUUCUGCACAGAUAUGACAAGCAUUGAGGCAAAGAUAAUAUAAUUUUUCACCUCACUUGUUUUCGAAACGUUCCGCGUAGAUCCUGCUACCAGGAUGUAGUUUACUGACGUAUUUUUUGGAGUUACAUAAGUUACACAUCAUAGCGCUCGUGCCCCAAAACGUCAUUGACUCUUGCAAAGUAUACUUCAAGCGUUUGAUUCUAAGAUCAGGCAUGUCUUUUCAUCAAAUAAUCGCAGUUCUCCACGCUAUUUUCAAUAUCGUCGGACUCCCCGGAAACGUGUUGGUGUUCAUGACGAUCGCGUUUGAGAGGAGAUUCAAUGUAAUGCGAUAUAUUUUACUCGCCAGUCUUGCAGCGUCCGAUAUUCUCUGUUUGAUUCUUACAAACUCGUUCCGCAUCGCCAGCAUAGCAGAAGAAAAAUGGCGCUACGGACAAACGAUGUGUUACCUUAAUCCGUUUUUUGUGCGAUAUUUCUACUUCAACACCGUUCUGCAUCUGAUAGCUGUUUCUUACGAAAGAUACAAAGCUAUAGUGAGAUCCCCUUUGACCCACGAUGGCACGAUGACAAAAUGCAAAUCAGUGUUUAUCGCCCUCAUCUGGAUAGUUCCGAUUCUAGUUUCCAUCGGUCCGUUCCUUGGUUUUGGCAAUUACGUAUACAACCCCGAAGUGUUCUUCUGCGAGCAAGGAUGGUCAGUUCAUGAUGAUUCCAUAGCAAGAAACAUUGCGUUGUAUGUGAUUGGCAUGUUUCUUGUGCCUUUUCUGGUAAUAGUUUUCCUAAACUGGCGAGUCUUAAAGACGGCAAACAUUCUUAAAAGAAACGCUGCCGCGCCGAUCCUCAACGAACGCACCGUUGGAGCGGAGAUCCAUCGCAAAGAAACGCUGAGGCGCAUGAACGAACGGAAAGCAGCCGUCGAUGUCAGCAUUAUUAUUGCGGCGUUUCUGUUGUGCUUUUUACCCGGUUGGAUUGUAGGACUUUGCCGUCAGUUCGUAAAAAAUGUCAAGAUUCCAGCAGAAGUUACUCUAUCUACAACUUGUAUCUUCUUCGUCAGCUCAGUAUGCAAUCCUAUAAUAUACUCCAUCCGGAAGCGAGAGUUUCGAACCAGAGUAAAGAAUUUGUUUAGGCGGGUUGGGGUCGCGCCUCAUGUUAGCCCUAACGAAAUCAGUUGCCAAGUUGAAAGCGCAAGUCUUCCACUUCGUCGACAAUCGAACGCUUUCUUCUUGAAAACAAGAAGAGGACCACUCCUAAGUUUCUCAGGUUGCCAACAGGGCUCUGAUCAAUUUCUUUCAAUCGAGGCUGGUGUAAUGUCACAGAGACCUUGCCUCAGUCCCAUUCCAGAGAUGGAUACUGAUAGCGAACUUCACUUCAGUGAGAUUCCGAUAGACUAUCAGUUAAGAAAUUGUGAGUCAGAGGUUCUGCCAAGUCAAAUUCACAGUUUACACUUGGGAAGAGUGGGCUUUACAAAAGAGAAUACCCUAACCUUUCUGUAGUUGUAAAAUAGAUCUAUAUUCUUGAACAAAGAGAAGUAAACUAUCGAAAAACGCGUUGCAUGCACUCUUAAAAGAAACUGCCUUACCUAAUUUAACCUCCGCUAUAACAAGAUAUUUUCGGAAACGUUGAAACUGAAAAUCUUCCCCAGAACAAGUAAAGUAAGCAAUUUGCAUGACGAAAACAUUUUGU